CGGCCUUGUGACGUUGCUCCCCCAGGUCGCCGCCCAUUGGCAGAGGCGCGGCCCCGCCCCUCCCAGCCGCGGUACUUGAGCGCCCGCCACCCGCGCGCCCGCGGGGUCCGCGCCCCGAUCCCGCUGCGCGAUGCCCGGCCGCUCCCUGGGUCCCGCCCGCGCCCUGGCGGCCGGGCUGGCGCUGCUGCUGCUGCUGCUGCUGCUGCUGCCCAGCUUCGCAGAGGCCUGCGAUGACCCUCCUCGGUCCCAGAGCAUGAUGAUCAGUGGGACCGCUAAGCCCACGUACGCGCCCGGAGACAGAGUGGACUACACGUGUCGCCCCGGCUACAAGUCUGUCCCCGGCCUCUUCACCCAUGUGGUCUGUCAGAACGACAACACGUGGACGCCCCUCCAGGAGGCCUGCACGCGGAAAAAAUGUCCCACUCUGGCAGACCCCAGCAACGGGAGGGUGGACUACGUCAACGGAUCCGCCGAGUUCGGGUCCCAGGCGCACGUGUCCUGCGAGGAGGGUUUCCGCACGAUUGGAACAAAGAUUCUGCAUUGUGAACUUGCUGGAAACGACGUGGCCUGGAGCGAUACUGUCCCGAAUUGCAUCAAGGUCGAGUGUGCGAAGCCCGCGCAGAUUCCCAACGGCAGGUUCACCAACAGUCACAAGGACACUUUCGAGUACAGUGAGGUGGUGACAUACAGCUGUGACCCGUCCAACGGCCCAGACCCCUACUCCCUGGUCGGGCAGAGGCAGCUCAUAUGCUCAGCAAGCGGGAACUGGAGCGCUGAGCCUCCCGAGUGCAAAGUGGUCAAGUGCCCGUACCCCGUGGUUUACAACGGCAGACCCACGAGGGCCAUCGGGAAGAAGUUCUACUACGAGUCCAUUGUGCAGUUUGCGUGCUUAGAUGGCUUUUACCUCAGCGGCAACAGCACCGUGUCCUGCAGAGCUGACAGCACGUGGCAGCCGCCUUUGCCCACCUGCAUCAAAGUGCCCGAUGCUACCAGCACUGAGCCACCUCCAGGCCCUCCAGAUGCCGACACGACUCCUGCAGCCAGGCCUUCAGAGACCAGCCGCCCAGGAGUUCACACACUCAGUUCUGGAUCUUCACCAACUAAGACCUCUGAAACCAUAGGUGUGGGACUCAUUUCCCUGAUUGUUCUGAACGUGUAUCUGACUCUCCGAAGCUUGUUUCCGAGUUACACCUGCUGUUUCCCGGUUUCUCGCAGUUGCCAUGACUGCAGUUGUUGCCAUCUUGGUGCAUAAGUACCUUCAGAAGAGCCAGAAAGGGGAGACAGCGGCCACUGCAGACUUUCCCGAGGACACAGCUUCCACCUGAGAAGACCCUCCCCUCCGAGGGGCCCCUGACCAGGGCGUCUGUUUCUCUGGACCCUGGGAAAGCGGUCACGACUCAGUCAGCCAGCAGGCGUCACUCCCCCAGGAAUAAAGCCGGAAGUUAGUUGCUGUCUCGCA